UACUUGAGACGAGGAUCGGCACCCCAGGUUAUAGAUCGGCCGAAUCUUACCCGGUGAAUCUGGUGAAAACGAGAAUCGCUUGAUUGGUAAAAAUCGUGCAUUGCAGUCUUGGGCGAGUCAGCUAUACUGACAGAGCUCGAAAUAAUCUUGGGUUAAUAAAGGCAAUGAUUUUUAUUUUCCACGCACUGAUGCCUCGGUCAGAAGACUGUUGGCUUGAGUGUACUUGUUUUGGGUUGUGCUCAUAUCCUUUUUGACCAUGGCUUUCAAUGCAGACGAUGGAAGUAGCUUGAUAGCAGCUGUCGUGCAGUUCUUGAUGCCCGCGUCGUGGUCGCAGGUGCUGCUCCUUGCGUUUUUAGGUUAUGUUUUCCUCAACCAAGUGAGACACUACCAAACAACGCCUGCGAACGUCACAACAAUCAACUUCCCCGCAGUGUAUCUUCCGCUCAUCUCAUCAUGGAUCGCAGCCAUUCGCUUCAUGAAGAAUCCCGUCGAGUCGGUCCGCGAGGGAAUGGCCAAGUCGAAGAACGGACUGGUGCGCAUUGCAACCUUACAAGGCGAAUUCAUCCUCGCUACGGAUCGGCACAGGGUCGCCGAGUAUAUAAAAGCCCCCGACACUAUCCUAAACGCGCAGGAUGGAUCCAACGACCAACAGCAAAUCCCGUUCACCAUGGGGUACGGAGUCGGCCACCGGACCUACCACACGGCUGUAGUUCGCGGGCCCAUCACCCAGAACAUCACUCCUAAUACUCCAGUGAUGCUUGACGAGGCUUUGAGAUCUUUCGACGACUUGAUUGGCUCCCCUGUUGAGGAGACCCCGAUCGCGCUGUAUAGUACCAUUGCCAUGACGGUCGCUCGGGUGGCGAACCGGAUAUAUGUGGGAACGGAACUCUGCCGAAACGCGGAGUUUCUGCGAAACGCCACUGACUACGCGGAGGCUGUGGUUAUAUCGGCUGAGGUUCUGCGAAACUUUCCGGAAUGGAUGAAGGGUUUCCUGGUACGGCUCCUUCCAGUGACGUCCUAUCGUCGACAGGGUCGUCGGUUUCUGGCGCCUCUCAUCCAAGACCGUCUUGAUGGCAAGCUGGAUGCGAAUGGAGAAAAACACAAGGACUUGAUUCAGUGGUUGAUCGAUGCUGCGCCGCCUGUUGAAAAGACUAUUCCUCAACUGGCAGAGCGAGUAAUGGCACUUAAUGUGGCCUCUAUUCACACUACUACCAUGACAUUCACUGCCGCCUUAUACCACCUAGCCGCUGAACCCACCAAGUACGCAUUAACCCUCCGAGAAGAGGUGAUGGCGAACCUUGAGCAGGGCGAAAUCACAGCAGCAACCCUAAGCAAGCUCCCCAAGUUGGAGAGCUUCCUUCGCGAAUCGGGCAGAUUCGACUCAUCAGGACUGAUGUCCAUGCAACGCAACGCCCGCAAGGAAUUCAAAUUUUCCGACGGAACCGUCCUCCCACCCGGCUCGAAGAUCGGAUCACCCAGUCUCUUCCUUCACCGGGAUCCGGAAGUCUUCGAGGAUCCGGAGGUGUUCGAUGGGCUUAGAUUCUACCAGCCACACGCAGAGCCUGGUACUAAGCCUAAGACGAUGUUGAAUACCGAUGUUAACUUUCAUCUGUUCGGCCAUGGUAGACAUCCGUGCCCUGGACGGUUUCUGGCCGUGCAUGAAAUGAAGCUCAUGUUUGCGAUACUGCUACUGCGGUAUGAUAUCCGGCUCAAACCCGGCACCAAGCCGCAGCCGUUCUAUAUUGGAACGAUGUCCCUGCCAGAUACGAAGUUGGAGGUCUUAUUCAAGGGUAGGAAAUGAUGUGCAGCUUUGAUGGGCAUGUCAGUGGGGAUUCGCACUGCGUGGUCUCUGUAUCUAGAUAUCGAAUAUCAAAUGAGCUGGGAUAACGC